UUCUUGCAGUUCUUGUUUUCUCCUUGUAUGUGUGUGUGGUGGGGAAUCUGGGAUUAGGUGCUCCCACUAAUGGAUGAAUUGUGAAUGGUGUAUAUCGUUUAUAAAUGAUUGUACAUAGUGUUAUUUUACUGCUUAAUGUGUUUGGGGAACUUUGGGAACUUCUUUUGACUAGGUCUGGAAACAGUGAUCAUCGUGGCAGAGGGCAUCGGUAUGUAAAGUCAUAAUCGUAAUAUUGGGGUGGUAUAAAAACUUUUCUGAUACCUUUAUAAUUUUCAUAAUCUUUAGGAUAGUACCAACAUAAGCUUGGUCCUAAGCAAAGGUCUCAGAUUCAGUUUCAAGUAGGGACGUUUGGAUGAGGGGAUAGCCUUGGUUUUGGCCUCCCUUGCUAGAUGUCACAGGUCAGGAUACACAAUGCUUGGAAAUGGAGUUGUUGGAAUCCUCUCUGAGUCCACAAAUAAGUGGGAGAGAAGAGUUCCCCUAACCCCUGCACACUGUGCACGGUUGCUGCAUGGAGGCAGUGGAAAAACUGGAGUUGCUCGCAUCAUAGUACAACCUUCUACUAAGCGUAUUCAUCAUGACGCACUCUAUGAGGAUGUUGGCUGUGAGAUAUCAGAAGACUUGUCAGAAUGUGGUCUCAUUUUGGGUAUCAAACAACCACAGUUGGAGAUGAUACUUCCAGACAGGGCCUAUGCUUUUUUCUCCCAUACUCACAAGGCACAAAAAGAAAAUAUGCCUCUUCUUGAUAAGGUUUUAGCCGAAAGGGCUACUUUGUUUGAUUACGAGCUUAUAGCUGGAGACAAUGGUAAAAGAUUACUGGCAUUUGGAAAAUUUGCUGGAAGAGCUGGAAUGAUUGAUUUCUUGUCUGGCCUAGGACAGCGGUUUCUUAAUCUUGGAUAUUCAACACCCUUUCUUUCUUUGGGCGCAUCAUACAUGUAUUUUUCAUUGGCUACUGCAAAGGCAGCAGUGAUUUCUGUUGGGGAAGAGAUAGCUACACAGGGACUCCCAUCAGGAAUCUGUCCCCUAGUCUUCGUUUUCACUGGUUCAGGAAAUGUUUCUCAAGGAGCACGAGAAAUAUUUAAGCUUCUUCCUCACACUUUUGUGGACCCAAGCGAACUUCCACGACUAUUUGAGAUGGCUAGAGAUCAUACUCUAGUAGGACGGACUACGAAAAGAGUCUUUCAAGUAUAUGGUUGUGUUGUAACCAGUGAAGACAUGGUGGAACACAAAGAUGCUUCAAAAUGCUUUGACAAGGCUGACUACUAUGCACAUCCAGAAAACUACAGACCUAUUUUCCAUGAAAAGAUAGCCCCAUUUGCGUCUGUAAUUGUCAAUUGCAUGUAUUGGGAGAGAAGAUUUCCUCGUCUAUUGACUACCACGCAGCUGCAAGAUCUGCUGCGAAAAGGAUGCCCACUUGUCGGAAUCUCAGAUAUAACUUGUGAUGUCGGUGGCUCAAUAGAAUUUGUGAAAAGAACUACAUCUAUCGACUCACCUUUCAUUAGAUAUGAUCCUAAUGAUAACUCAUACCAUCAUGACAUGGUGGGUGAUGGUGUUAUCUGCUCAGCCAUCGACAUUCUACCAACGGAGUUUGCAAGAGAGGCUUCCCAACACUUUGGUGAUAUUUUAUCCCAGUUUAUUGGAACCUUAGCUUCUUCAAAAUGUCUUGAUAACUUACCUGCACACCUGAAACGAGCUUGCAUCGUCCAUGGUGGAGCAUUGACUUCCUUAUAUGAAUACAUACCCAGAAUGAGGAACUCUGAUAUUGAGAAUUCAUCACAAAUUCUACAACCUCUGCAGGCUGCAAAAAUGAAAUACACUACAUUGAUUUCUUUGAGUGGCCAUUUGUUCGACCAAUUCCUAAUAAAUGAGGCUUUGGAUAUCAUUGAAGCAGCUGGUGGCUCCUUCCAUUUGGUGAAAUGUCAAGUCGGUCAAAGCACAGAUGCCUUGUCUUACUCAGAACUUGAAAUCGGUGCAGAUGAUAAAGCAAUCCUAGAUAAAAUUAUUGAUUCUUUGACUGCACUUGCUAAUCCAAGUGAGGGUCAUGUAGACAGUACAGACAAUAUAAUAUCUCUUAAGGUUGGGAGAUUAAAAGGGACAGACACUGAAAAGGAAAAUGAGAUAAAAAGUGAAGCUGUCGUCCUGAUUUUGGGUGCUGGGCGGGUUUGUCGUCCAGCUGUAGAAUUUCUAACAUCAAUUGGUCGAGGCUCAUCAAGAAAAUGGUUAAAGUCAUACAUGACAGAUGAAUCAAGAGAGAUUACUUCAAUUCGUGUUAUUGUCGCUUCUCUUUUCUUGAAAGAUGCUGUGGAGAUUACUGAAGGAAUUCCAAAUGCAACUGCGAUUCAACUCGACAUUACAAAGAAGGAAAAUCUCUACCAUUACACAUCACAGGUUGAUGUAGUCAUCAGUCUACUGCCUCCUAGUUGCCAUAGUAUCAUAGCAAGUGCAUGUAUUCAGUUUAGGAAACAUCUUGUCACGGCUAGCUAUGUGGAUGAUUCCAUGUCCAACCUGGAUGAAUUAGCAAAAGAUUCUGGUAUAACAAUUCUAUGUGAGAUGGGAUUGGACCCUGGAAUAGACCACAUGAUGGCAAUGAAGAUGAUCAAUCAAGCCCAUGCACGAGGCGGAAAGAUCAAGUCUUUCACUUCUUACUGUGGUGGUCUUCCUUCCCCAGAUGCUGCAAACAACCCAUUAGCUUACAAGUUUAGCUGGAGUCCAGCAGGGGCUAUUCGCGCAGGAAGGAAUCCAGCCACAUACAAAUAUAAUGGAGAGAUUGUGCAUGUCGAUGGGGACAAGCUUUAUGAUUCUGCUUCAAGGUUGCGGAUGCCAUAUUUUCCAGCCUUCGCAUUGGAGUGUCUUCCCAAUCGGAACUCAUUAGUUUAUGGAGAACUUUAUGGAAUUGAAAAUGAAGCAUCAACAAUCUUUCGUGGAACCCUCAGAUACGAAGGCUUCGGAGAAAUAAUGGGAACACUAGCGAGAAUUGGUUUCUUCAGUACUGAAGUGAACCCCAUGUUCCAAAAUGAGACAAGGCCAACAUAUAAAACCUUUUUACUAGCACUUCUCGGUUGUCAUACUAAAGACUCGGCAGAAUCAAUUGUGGGUGAGAAAACAAUUGCUGAUCAGAUAAUUGCACUUGGUCUCUGCACAAAGAGAGAAACAGCCAUAAAGGCUGCCAAAACUAUAAUGUUUUUGGGGUUCCACGAGAAGUCAGAAAUACCAGCAUCCUGCCAAUGUGCAUUUGAUGUUACCUGCCUCCGCAUGGAAGAAAGGUUGGCGUAUUCUGGGAAAGAACAGGACAUGGUGUUUUUGCACCAUGAAAUGGAAGUGGAAUUCCCAAAUGGCCAACCUACCGAAAACCACAGAGCAACACUACUAGAAUUCGGCAGGACUCAUGGAGAGAGAUCCUACACAGCAAUGGCUUUAACAGUUGGGAUACCUGCAGCCAUUGGAGCUCUGCUCUUGCUCGGGAAAAACAUAACAACAAAGGGUGUAUUAAGGCCUAUGCAUCCAGAAAUUUUUGUGCCAACCUUGGAUAUUCUAGAGGCCUACGGUUUCAAGCUGGUGGAGAAGGCAGAUUAACUCACAAAUCCAGCACCUAUGUUCCUACUUAUCUAGCAAAAUACCUUGCUUGUGAAUAAACCGGCUUAUGCAAGACUAGAUUCCAACUGCCUGAGUUACAAAUGAAGCAGUGGGGAAUUUGCAUUGUCUAUAUUUGUAUAGAACUGCUCCAGUAAGUUUGUACAUCGUUCCUUAAAGUAAGAAAAUGCUGAUGUUACUCGCAUCUUAUUCAAAAAUUGAGAAACUAAAGUUGUAUGUGUUUGGUCGACAGAAAAUCCUCUGAACAUGGUUCCGGCCUUAAUAUAUGAAACAUCCUGCUUCAUGUACUA